AUGGGGCUCGGUGGAGACGGCGAUAACCCUGCGGAUACGCCCGAAGAAACGGCAGAAAAUGCGACAGAAAAUGACACCGGUGACCCGUCCUCGACGUCGGGGAAAGAAAAGACGACAGCGGGUUCAGACACCCGAUCGAUGAGGUAUUGUUGUUGUUUUAUUCUCUAUUUGCAAGCAUUGAGGUAUGAUCCAGAUUGGAACAGGAACGACUCCACAGCAGAUGAUAAGUUUAAAGAGAUUAACCGUGCACAUAAAGUAUUGACAGACGAGAAGAAGAGACAGAUAUAUGACAAGUACGGAUCAUUUGGUCUCUUCAUAUCCGACACCGUCGGGGAUGACAACAUAUGGUUCUACGUCAUGUUGAACAGCAAAUGCUUCGAGAUCACAACAAUAAUAUGCUUCCUUGCGACGGGUUGCUGUUUUUGUUGCUGUUGUUUUUGUGGAUGCUUUGGGCUGUGCAGUGAAUGUCAACCAAAAUCAGAUGAGGAAGAUGGUGAUCUCACCGACAUAGAAGGCGGAAGAACUGGCGGAGGAGAUAGUAGAGAGCCAGUGAGGAACCAACCCGAAGCCUCGGGCGUAAACAACGAAGUCUUUGCAAUGCCCGAACCAUAA